AACGAAUGAAAUGAGCGCGGCGCGAUGCUUUGUUGUCUUGUCCGUGCGAUAAUAACCACGAGUGCGCUCUUUUGGUCGUCUCUGUUUGUCACGGACGCUCUCCGGAUGGUGAACUUGUGCGGAGUUCGCGAAAGUGUCACGAAGCACCGAGACAUUUUCACACCGUUAGCUCUAGUGUUUCCGGUAUAACGGGAAUAGAUCGCUGUGUCCUAGCGAAAUGUUUGUCAACACCGCGAAAGAGGCGGGUUUUAAUUAUCGUUGUUAAUUGCUCGCUGAUUGAGAUACACGUACAUCACACUGUAAGGGAGAACAGCUGCUGUGUUGUGUUUGACUGGAAGCCUGUUUUUCCACUAUGACUGCCCCGCGGCAGAGGAAGGGCAGUAAAGGGAAGGACCCGGGGUCCAACAUUCAGAACCUGAAGCCUGACUGUACAGAUGAACCCAAACAGAGGUUUGCAACAGGUGGUUUCUCAUGGUGGACAAUCUUGUGUCUAAUGACUGGCUCAAUAGUCGGAGUUAGUCUGGGCUUGCUGUGCUGCAUCUAUGUGUCUACGCUUCAUGAAAAUGACCUUUGGUUCUCCAAUAUAAAGGAAGUCGAGCGUGAAAUCUCCUUUCGGACAGAAUGUGGCCUUUAUUACUCCUACUACAAACAGAUGUUGAAGGCACCUUCUAUACAGCAAGGUCUUUAUGAGCUUAUUCAUGACAACACUACUGAGUCAAAGAGAACAAUAAACAUCCUUCAGCGCAUGAAUAUCUAUCAAGAAGUGUUCCUUAGCAUUUUGUAUAGAAUACUUCACAUCCAGACCUACUUGGAGCCAAUUUAUUUCUACAUCUACACAGUGUUUGCUUUGCAGACAGUGUAUGUCAUUGCCCUCUUCAUCACUAGCUGGUUACUGAGUGACUCAUGGCUGGCUGGAGCCCUCAGUGGCGUCUGGUACAUUCUCAACAGAGUGGAUACCACACGCGUGGAGUUUACAGUCUCUCUAAGGGAGAACUGGUCAAUACCUUUCUUUGCUCUUCAGGUGGCUGCCAUAACCUGCUACUUAAGGCCACAGCUAAAACCUAUUCACCAGAGGGUGGUGCUGUGGCUGGUGUUCGUCUCCACCUUCUGCUUCUGUUUGACAUGGCAGUUCAAUCAGUUUGUCCUACUGGUUCAGGCCCUUAUAAUCUUUACUCUGGAUUGUCUGGACUUCUUCACAGCGGAACAGGUGGUUUCUCUGUACCUGAUGCAGGUGUUCAGUCUGUUAUCGGUGUGGUUACUGCAGUUCUGCAAUUCUAUGAUUCUGGGCUCUCUGGUGCUCAGCUUCAUUGUGUCUGCCCUCUUUAUCAAACACUUCCAGACGGGACUAAAGACGGGCAGCUUUGUUAUACGAGUAGGAAAACUGGCUCUUCACACCCUCCUAGUCCUCACAUUAACUUUCACCAUCAAUUAUUCAGCCAAGACAAUACUCCAGCUGAAAUCAGACGAGCACAUCUUUAAGUUCAUAAAGGCCAAGUUUGGCUUCGGGGCAACGAGAGACUUUGAUGCCGGUCUCUAUCUGUGUGAAGAGGCUUUUGGCUUGUUGCCAUUGGAUACAUUUGAGCGGUUGGCUGGCACAGUGCUGCUCUAUCCGUAUCUCUGCACCCUCAGUGUGCUCUUCAUCCUGCUGCUGCUGGUGGCGCUCUCUAAUCUCAGCACUAAUGGGUCAGGCCAAGCAUGCAGGGAGAGAGAAGACAGGACCUUUAGGAUGCGUCCGGAUGUUGCUUACAAUCUCUUGCACACUGUCUUCUUCGGCCUGCUCGCCUUUUCCACUAUGAGGAUGAAGUAUUUGUGGACUGGCCACAUGUGUGCAUUCGCCGCUUUUGGGGUGUGUGGUAAGGAGGUGUGGUCGUUGUAUCUGAGGGUCCUUCACUGCAACACUAGAACCAUGAUGAGACUGAUCAGAUACUCUGUUCCUAUUGUAAUACUGGCGUUUCUUUAUUACAAGUUUUGGCCCAGACUGAUGGAGGAGAUAUCUGAGCUGAGAGAGUUUUAUGACCCAGACACUGUGGAGCUAAUGGAGUGGAUCAGAUUGAAGACGCCCAAACGGGCAGUGUUUGCAGGCAGCAUGCAGCUGUUGGCGGGAAUUAAGCUGUGUACGGGGAGAGUAUUGACAAACCAUCCACACUACGAGGACCAGGCACUGAGAGAGAGGACCAGACAGGUAUAUCAGAUCUAUGCCCGUCAGUCUGCUGAGGAGGUUCAUAAAGUGCUCAGUUCAGUUGGAGCGGAUUACAUGGUGCUGGAGGACAGCAUCUGCUAUGAGCGCAGGCACAGCCGUGGCUGUAGGCUGAGGGACCUGCUCGACCUGGCAAACGGACAUAUCAUGGAUGGCCCAGGUGAAAGUGAGCCGGACCUCAUCUCGGCAUCUCACCCGCGGUUUUGUGAGGCCAUUAAGACCGACAUGCCUCCGUAUUCAACCCUCUUCACACGAGUGUUCAAAAACAAGACAUUUAACGUGUACAAACUCAAGAAACUCAAAAAGAAAAACAAAGCUGAGAACAGUCCGUGAUGCUCAUUCCUCAACAGCAGUCGGCCACCUUCACUGGAUGGCUGAACGCCCCAUCUGGAAUGUUCAGUGAGUGUGUGAUAGUAGCAGGUGUGUGUGUGUGUCUGUGUGCAUGAGAGAGAUCGGAUAGAUGCCUGAUUCAGCCAGAAUGCACAAGAUGAUUCGGUGUGUGUUUGUGUGUGUAAAUCUGCUCUGAGUCGGUCUGCUGCAACGGGAGCUCAAGUUUAAUGUGGAGAGAGGGCAGGAAAAUCUCUUUUGCUCACAGUCUACCACCCCCCUUGCUCUCUCUCUCUCUGAUUAUCUCUUUCUACACAUACCCUUCCACCAAACACAUUUAGGCUCUUUUACACAUUUGCUACUUGACAAAAAAUGUGAGGUUAAUACGCAACGACUGCUUUCACAGCCUCAUUCCUGUUGCAAAAAAAAAAAAAAAAAAAUGAAUAGAUGAAAUAGCAAUGGGGAAAAUGCUUUGUAUUUGGAAUUCACACAAGUAGAUUGGGAUAAUUAGAGGCUGUUGUAGUGUUGUCUUGACACCGGCCAAAAGUUUGGCAGAUAUAAAGUUGGGCCACAUCUGCAUAUAAAAAAAAGAAAAAAAAAAAAAAAAACCCUAAAGAACCAGCCUUACUCAUGGGCAUAGAGAAUGUGCCAUAAAUACUUGUUGUAAGAAUAACUGUCCAAUUUACUUUGACCUAGAAAUGGUAAAUUUCAUUAAAAAAAAAAACCUUGUUAAUUUUAAAUUACAUUUUUAUUCUCAUAUUUUAAUGUGGUCUCUAACUUUUUGGACAACUGUAGAUGUUUUGUGCUUUAAUUCUGUAAGUAGGAGGUCAUCACUUUGACACUAUAGUUGGUUAAAAGGGUUUAGACAUUUGACGUUGUGAACAGGGAAUUUAAAUUUAGUAUGAUUUAGGAUGAAUAACAGCUUAAGUAUUCUUAAAGGGUUAGUCGUCUCGAUACAUUUCCUUAAUCCUCCGUUGUGAAGUGGUAGUUCAGUAGAAAUUCACAGUUUGAGUCUUUUUAAAACGGAGUUAAACAUAUUGAAUGGUCAACAAUGUUAUGAUGCUAUUUUUUUCUAUCUUAAGCUCUAAAGUAAGAGCCUUUAGUGUAUGAAAGUGCCUUUCCAUUUUUGGAUAAGCUCUGCUGCGCUAAUAAGUCAUGCAUUCAAAAGACUUUCAAAUGAGUGGCCUCAAGUGCUACCAAAAUUUACCUAUAUUCGGUCUUUGCUGCUGUUUUUUCUCCCCCAGGAUGUUGGAUGAAUGUCUUUGUGCACAGGUGCAUAACCGUUUUAAAUAACUUUAAAAUGUCUAGAGAUAAACAUGGGAUUUCUUUUUCUGCAAAUUCGGUUUGUAGCAUGAGGGCUCCUCCAUGACAUUCUGUGAUUUGUAUUAUAAUAUGGUGAAACCACUAUUGUUACCUUACCUGUCAAGACAAUUUACACGUGAACCUUUGCUUCACAAAACGUCUCUGUCACAACACAUUGUUCCUCAGGAGAUGAUCUUUAUGGAACUGUGUGUUUCAUUGUUGACACUGUUUAACCGUGAGAGUUCUUUGGUACAGUUCACUGCACUAGUUUGCUACUGUGGUAAUUCAUGCAGAUGGAUCGCUUCCAUUUCUGUCAUAAGUGUUGGUUUGUCUUUGGAUGUUCAGUGUACAUUUGUGUUUUUGAAUUAAAGAAGAUUUGUAUGGUGGAUGCUGCAUAUCUUGGUUACUACAAAAAGAUUUCUGUCAUUUCAAGUAAAAUCACAAAGGCAUUUUGAUAAAUACAGGUCAGAGAUUUUAGAUUUUAUCUCAUUUCAUGUUAUGCAUUGUCCCAAACUAAUAACAGCUCAGUUUCUGUAGAAAAUAGGCCACUUAUUCAUCAAGAGACUUAAAACCCUGCUGUUUCAUUUGAAUUUAGCAGUAUUUAAUAUAUAAUUGAAGCCGUAACAGAAGAACUCCAUUUAUUUAGAAAAAAAAUAAAUUCAAAGGAUGCAAAUACAAGAUGUCAAGAUACUUUUACCAACUUAAAGAAAGAUACAUG